CGUUUUAUUCAACAGAUGAAUCCCUUGGAAAUAAGUCGUGCUCCGUGUCCGCGCAUCCACCUAACGGCUGGGCGCUUGGAACGUGCAGCUGCUUUCCCUCGUCAUUCGCAGAAUCACGAGGUACAGCCCGGGUUUCCGCAGCGCCUACAUCCUGCGUAUUAUGGGCCCUCCAGAGUGACGCCCGGCGCAGGAGGCCGCGCGCGCACCCCACGACCUCUUCCAGGGGGACUGGAGCAUCCGGGGGGCCAUGGGAACAGCCCCAUGCCCCACCGAGGGCCAGCAGCGCUGCCGCCGCGCGUCCUGCGGUCACAUUCCUGCCCUUUGCCGAACGCACCUGCGCCCGCCCAGCGCAGGGUGGGCUUAGGGCAGCCCCCCGAACCGAUUUCCGUCUGGGACCCACGCGGCGGGGCGCGGGCUCCGGACUCUGGGGGCAGUCUCGCUGUGGGUGAACGAUCGCGAAGGCCGAGCUUCUGGCAGACUCCAAGGGGCCACGGGCGUCCCGCCCGCCUAGGUGCCGGACCAGCCAGGCUCCAGCACCCCACAGUCGGCCACUGCGCAGGCGCCUCGCCGGGCUGGUGGCCCCGCCCCGGCCGGCGGUUCCAUGGCGCUGUGCGAGGCCGCGGGCUGCGGAAGCGCGCUGCUCUGGCCUCGCGUGCUGCUCUUCGGGGACUCCAUCACCCAGGUUAUAAUACCAGAUGGGCCAAAAUUAUCCUUCCAAGAUUAAUCAGGAAAGGAAACAGCUUGGACACCCCAGUAGCUGUUACAAUUUUCUUUGGGGCCAAUGACAGUGCACUAAAAGAUGAGAAUCCCAAGCAGCACAUCGCCCUGGAUGAGUAUGCUGCAAAUUUAAAGAGCAUGGUGCAGUACCUGAAGUCUGUGGACAUCCCUGAGAAUCGAGUCAUUCUCAUCACGCCGACCCCACUUUGUGAAACAGCCUGGGAAAAACAGUGCAUCAUGCAAGGUUGCAAACUAAAUCGCCUGAACUCUGUUGUUGGUGAAUAUGCCAAUGCGUGUUUACAAGUGGCCCAAGACUGUGGGACUGACAUACUUGACCUGUGGACCCUGAUGCAAGAUAGCCAGGACUUCUCAUCCUAUUUAUCAGAUGGACUACAUUUGUCACCAAAGGGGAAUGAAUUUUUGUUCUCACAUCUCUGGCCUUUGAUAGAGAAAAAGGUCUCUUCUCUGCCUUUGCUGCUACCUUACUGGCGGGAUGUAGCAGAAGCAAAACCUGAAUUAAGUCUGCUAGGAGAUGGAGACCAUUAGCCAAUCACAGGAGACCCAAGUCUGCUCAUUAAUCUACAGAACUCAAAGUUGCCAAUACAUAGAGAAAGCCCUUUUUCCUCCAGCUUAAACCUUUGCCAAUGAUAUUAAUAAUAAAAGUAUUAGGAUUUUUUUAAGGAAGUUUUGUACUUAGGCCCAUUGUGUUUUGAUAGUAUUUAUUAAUGCAGAUAUCAGUGCUACAGCUAUAAAAUAUACCCUAAGCAGCUUAAUUUUACAAAUGACAAAAGACUUUUUUUUUUUAAAAAGUCACAACUUUAUAAAAAUGGUUUUCUUACA